AUGCAGCUCCGCUCGCCUUUUUCCUCGCCUCUUCUUCUUUUGGCCCUGGCCGACGUCUGUCUCGCAGCUCGCGCUGAGGAGGCUCUGGCCGCACUAUCACUUGUCAACAUCGGUGACGUCCGCGGAAACAUUCACCUUCCCGCCGAGGCGGAUGGUCUUGCCAUCACUUGGCACAGCAGCAAUGUCGAUGUGCUGGCGACAGACGGCGUUGUGAAGCGCCAGUCUGCAACUGAGGAGGUCGUUCUGACGGCUUCUGUUGAAUUCGAGGGGGCCCAGCACGAGCGCCAGUUCAACGCCUCGGUUCGUCAAGCCGUCCAGCUUGACGCUUUCGAGGCUUACGCCUUUUCCUACUUCACAGGCUCCAGCCUCGAGGGCGAGAACAUCUUUUUCGCCGCGAGCAACGGUAACGAUGCGCUCUCCUGGCAGGAACUGAACGGAGGCCAGCCCGUUCUGCGGUCCAAAUAUGGCACCAAAGGCCUGCGAGACCCCUUCAUCAUCCGUUCGCCCGAGGGCGAUACCUUCUACAUGAUCGCUACCGACCUCUCCAUCGGCAGCGGCACGUCCUGGGACUCCGCGGUCCGCCAGGGCAGCCUCUACCUCGAGGUCUGGGAAUCAAAUGACCUCAUCAACUGGUCUGAGCAGCGCCACAUCCUCGUCUCUCCCGAGACGGCCGGCAACACGUGGGCACCUGAGGCCUUUUGGGAUGCCGAGAGCGGCUCCUACGCCGUCUUCUGGGCCUCUUCGCUCUAUGCCGAGAACGAUCCCCAGCACACGGGCAGCACGUAUCACCGCAUGCUCUACUCGUUGACGCGCGACUUUGUCACCUUUUCCGAGCCCAAGAUCUGGCAGGAUGCCGGAGACGCCCGCAUCGACACGACUGUCCUCCAGGCUAACGGUGUUCUCUACCGCUUCACCAAAGAUGAGGGCUCCGCCACCGGGUGCAGGGACAUCAUCCAGGAGACUUCCGACUCUCUGCUUGCAGGUAUGGACGGCUGGACGACUCAGGCCAGCUGCAUCGGACGUGAUGCUGGUCUCAGUGCCGUUGAAGGCCCGACCGCUUUCCGGUCCAACCCCAACGACGUCAACGGCGACAAGUUCUACCUCUUUGCCGACGAGUAUGGUGGCCGUGGCUACAUUCCCCUCGAGACUACUGAUCUGAACAACCCCGAUUGGAAGGUUUCUGCAUCAUACAGCCUGCCUACGAGCCCGCGGCACGGCACCGUUAUUGGCGUGACGGCCGCUGAGCACCAGGCUCUUGUCAGCGCUCUCAGCAACCCCGACCGAACCCUGCUCAAGGUUGACCCGAUCGUCAACGAAACGCUCCAUACCGUCAUCUUUCCUGUCGUCCCUGGCACCGAUGUCACAAAUCUCGCCCCCACCUUCGUCACGGCCGACGGUGUCAGUGCCUCGCCCGAGUCCGGCACGGCGGUAGAUCUAUCUUCCAAGAUGGUCUACACGAUAACAAACAGCGAUGGUUCAACAACCGAGUGGACUCUCUCGGCCGUGGAGAUGCGGAGCCCCGUGCUCCCCGGUCUCUGGGCCGACCCGAACAUUGCCGUCUUCGACAACACAUACUACCUUUAUGUGACGACGGACGGCUUCGAGGGCUGGGGCGGCAAUGUGUUCUACUGGUGGAAGUCGGCUGACCUCGUGACCUGGACGCGCGGCAAGAAGCCCUUCCUGACGCUCGAUGGAGAGAACGGCAACGUGCCAUGGGCGACGGGCAACGCAUGGGCGCCAACGAUUGCCCGGCGCGACGGCAAGUACUACUUCUACUUCAGCGGACACAAUGCUAUCUACGACCGAAAGACGAUCGGCGUGGCGGUGGCCGACCACCCUGAAGGGCCGUUCACGGCGGAACCAGAGGCGAUGAUUCUCAACGACGGAACGCCCAAGACGGGCCAGGCGAUCGAUCCAGCAACCUUUGAGGACCCCGAGACGGGCAAGUGGUACAUAUACUGGGGCAAUGGUAACCCGGGCCUCGUGGCGGAGCUCGGCGAUGACAUGGUGUCGCUCAAGGCGGGCACGACACGGGUGUUGGAAGGACUCGUGGACUUCCGCGAGGGCGUCUUCAUGAACUACCGUGACGGGGUGUACCAUCUCACCUACUCGAUCGACGAUACGGGGUCGGUCAAUUACCGCGUGGGAUAUGCGACAGCAGACAAUGCCCUCGGCCCGUUCACGUAUCACGGCGUGAUCCUCGAAAAGGAUCCUUCGCAAGGCAUCCUGGGCACGGGACACAGCUCCGUGCUCAAUGUGCCCGGGACGGACGAUUGGUACAUUGUGUACCACCGAUUCGGGAUCCCUGGCGGCGGCGGAUUCCGGCGGGAGACGACGAUUGACAGGCUUGAGAUUGACGGCGAGACGGGGUUGUUCAAGAAGGUGACGCCGACGCUGGAGAGCGUGGGACCGCACAAGGUUCCUGUGGCGUCGUCAAGGCGACACUUCAGUUGGAGAGGGUAG